AUGGAAAAGAUCUUUCUGUACCGCUUCAAGCUCCUUCGGUGCCUCUUUGACGCCUGUACUCCGGACUCUUACACGACCGCUGUACAGAACGCUGUUUUUGCUUGUCAACACUCCGUUCCAGACGAAAAUGAAGUUGUGCAGCGGGAUGAAGAUCUUCUUCCGAGAGGAGUAGACCCUAGCUUCCCCGAUGGACAUCCUAUUCACGAGGCCCCUGAUGGUACUCUAGUGCUUCCACCGCCCGACGUCAAUCUAGGAAGGGGGCUGGAUGAUCAACUUACCACGGACCCCCGCGCAACCGCCAAGUUUGCCGGGGCUCGUUUUGGCGGCAAAGAUGGUGCUUUAUAUGGCCCGGGAUCUGGCGGACUUGGCACACCUGGUACUGGCAACGGAGCUCCCCCUUUGCAGGGCCCUUGGGCUACGACAUUUCCUGACCCCAACGGUGCAAAUGUAGCGGCACCCGGCACACUUCCUGUCGAAGGAAAUGUUCCUCAACCAUCACCUGCAGCCCCGAGCACCGGGUUUCCCGGUGAGGGUUAUAACGGCGACGAUCCGCCUGGUGAAAAACCAAACGGCCCGAACAAGCCAAACGGAACAGGUGCAUCGCUCAAUGUUGUGCCUCCUCCGGUUCAGUCAGCUAUACCUAUUCCCUCUCUACCAGCUUCUCCCGGCGCAAUCAUCGAUUCAGAGAACUGCGAAACUCAAGCGAACUUGCCAGUCUUGGGCCGACCGUCUGAUGCUCCCAUCGCCAGCCCUGCCCCCGUCAAUCCUCCACCUGUCGUCUCAACUACUGUAAUCCCACCAACUACGGUACUGUCUACGGUGGUUGUUGUCUCAACUAUGGCAACCACAAUGACGGAAACUAUUGCAGUCCCCUCGCCAGUCAUGAUGACUGUCACUGUGGCGACGCCUUCGCCAGUGCCUACCACCAUAACAGUGGCUACUCCAACACCCGACUGGACCACAGUCACCGUGCCUUCACCUUUCCCGGUUACAAGAACAUCGACGGUUGUCGUGGUCUCUCCAUCUCCUGUCCCGGUCCCUUCGCCGGUAACGGUUGACCGUCCUGUGUAUGUGACCCAAUUUGUCCCACAGCCAGCACCGGAGCUCGUUACUGUCUUUGCUGCGCCACAACCUGCGAUUGUCAGCCAGCCAUCUGUCAUUACUGUUCUGGCACCUCAGCCAGCAGUACAGACAAUGGCACUACAAACCAUAACCGUCAUGGCUGCGAUUCCCUCUGCUGGUGCCGGACAGGCAUACAAUGGAGGCUUCAACCCCUUUAUCAAUAUUCCCGGUCCCGGGUUUUCUUGGACUCCUGGUGGUCAGGCAGGAUCCUUUCCGCUGGGGAACAGUGUGGGCGGUAUUCCAGCCGCCGGCCAGCUUCCUGGGCCCGUGCCUGUUUCCAAUGGCGGCCAGGGUGGUGCCUUGGUGCCUGGAAACUUGGGAAAUAGCCAGGGACCUGGCCCUGCAAAUAGUGUCGUCGGCAAUAGCUUCCCCGGAGCCGUUGGGUCAUCGAGUAAUGGCAGCCCGCCGUCGAGCCUCGGUGUCGGCAACAGCGAGCCUAGCACACCCGCGGCGGGCAACUCGCCGAAUAACGUUCCCGGUGUCAUCGGUUCCCCAGCUGGUGGAGCCGCUGGGAACGCACACCCCGGUGCCCCUGGAUCAUCUGCAAGCAAUGGUCCUCUGGUUGGUGUCGGCGGUGGUGGCAGUGCCAAUGGACAGGUGGUAGGUACUCCCAUCCUAGGUGGGGCUAGCAACGGCCUAGGGGGCGUCUUGGGCACUCCAAGCAGCACCGGUGGUUCUGUCGUCGGAAACACACCUGGCAACACUGGUCCCCUCGUCGGUAUCGGUGUCGGAGAAAGUGCUCACGGGCAACUGUUAGAUGCUACUAUACUUGGCGGUGCGAACAACAAUGGCGGAAGUGGCAACAGCGGCAACGGGAUACUGGACGUCAGCGUCGGCCCCUUGGCGGAUGUCAGUGUGGGAAGUGGAGGCUUGGGCGGCCUGCUUGGCACAGGUUCUCCAAGCUCCUUGGGUACAGGCAAUCAGGCCUCACUUCUCAAUAUUGACGUCCUUCCAGGCACUGGUAGCGGCCUAGUGGGUGGGAGCAGGACCAUUGGUCGGUCCAUCACCAGUCAAGAUAUACCCGCAGUACUGUUCAGUGCCUACGGCGACCUCAGUCUGUCUUCGCGUUCGACAAGCACCAAACCAGGUUUCGUCAGUCCUCCUGACCAAAACUUUCCCGGAGUUCCGCAUACCCCCAACGAUGCAACAGAGAAAAUCUCCUCGACCGUGUUCAAGACAACAACGUCGGUAUCAACUCGUACAAUACCUCGCGAACAUCCUCCAAAGGAAGAUUUCAGUUCAACCACUACACCGCAGGUGCCCUGGGUUACUGUUAUGACCACGCCACCCAACUCGGCCCCCGGGACCUCGUUUUCCCCAAGUGUGCCAAAAGCGCCCUCAGAACUCAUAGUUCCGCAGACGCCGAACGUACCUGGGUCUCCUAACAUCCCGCCAAACACCCCGAGAAUUCCCGUUGGUCCAAGUUCCCCAGGCACCCCCAAUGCUCCCAACACCCCAGUUGCACCAGGAACGUGGAACACUCCAAACAGACCAAGUCCCCCUGGUGUUCCCGGUAUCCCAAAUACGCCUGUGGUCCCAGGGACAUGGAAUACACCAGGAGUAUCGAGUUCGCCCCGUCCUCCAGGGCUCCCAGGCACACCUGGCCAGCCAAAUGCUCCGUUUACGCCAAAUGAAUCGGAGCUUUGGAGUGGGUUCUCUCAACAGGCGCCAGGGCAGACGGUCCGUGUCUGGACAUCUAGUGGUAGCAGCAUCUCACCCCCGGGAACCAGCUCCGAGCCAUUCACGCCAAACAGGCCUGGACCAUCAGGACCCGGGACUACUGGGAUGGGUUCUACUACUCUCACUCCGCCAAGCCCGGGCGCACCGCCACCAUCAAACGUUCAAAGCUCGCCGCCACCCGGAGGAGAACUGUCAACUCAGUCAACUCCAGGCUUGAUCAUUAGCCAGCCGUUGCCGUGGCCACAGACUUGGACUAGACCACCAGGAAGUUCGAUCAACUCAAGGUCGACUUUCAGCAGACAAGAACCCCCGCCUGAGGGCCCUCCAGAGGAGACGCCUCCUAGCAGCCCUCCGCCGCAGAUCCCGCCUCCUGAGAUCUCUCCCCCAGAGCAGGAGACCGUGUUCACAUUGUUGACCACGCCCACUCAAGGGACAGUUUCUGUGGAAACGCCUCCUGCUUCGCCUCCCUUCCCUGAUAACCCACCUGAUCAGCCUCCUGCUGAAGUCUCACCCCCGCCCGACAGUCCUCCCGCUGGAGAGCCCCCGUCCCCACCUAUCACUCAACUUACCACACCGAGCACAGGCCCAGUUAUACUUACGCCCUCGGUCGGCACGGAAACCUCGCCUCAGGCAACUCCUCCCACAACCGGCCCGACACCUACAGGUGAUGCGAUCAGCGCACAGCUUCCAAGAAUAUCUACGAUUACUCCAGCCACGCCCUCGCAGCCGCCAGGGGUGCCAACCGGCUCCUUGCCAACGCCGACUCCCGAAGAAACAGGCGCACCAUCUCCACCAGAAGUGGUUGUUGGUCCUCCAGAUGUCUCGCAGCCGCCUGUGCCUCCUUCAGAUGCUCCCCCAUCUUCCCCAUCUGAUGGUCUUACGCCGCCGGGCGGGGGCCAGCCCCUGCUCAUCUCGACCAUUGCAAGAACUACGACAUUCACACCACCAGGUCAAACUUCGCCGGUCUUGUCCAUCACAGAGAUUACCGUCACCUUUAGUGGAAGCAAUGCCACACCAAGUCCAAGUGUAAACCUGCCGCCUGGAAUCCCACAGCCGACACAGGUGAAUGGAUCUUUAUCCGAGCAGCGAGGCGGAACGACUUUAACAUCGAUCUUUAGACCCAACAGCACAAUUACACAAACUGGGACGGGGACGACCCCGCUGGAACAGCCUCCGCAGUUCACUGGAAAUGCUGCAAAGAAGCGCUCGUUUGGAGUGGCUAUCAUCACAGUAUUGGCCUCGCUCGUCUAUUUGGGCAUUUGAUCAUCUCCAGAAUAGGGGCCUGACGACAAUUGUUUCGAACCUUGCGUAUUUGAAAGCACAGCACAUUUUCAAGCCCAUUUAUGGGCGAUGCAAUAUCUGGCAUACUCGCAGCGUCAGAGAGUCCUGACAACCUUUCUGGGCGACGUCGCAUCUUUUGGUAGCGCCCAUGCUGGUCGAUGUCUCUGGUUCAGGAGCUGUAAUGAAGUUGUAUCAUUUGGGGAAGUCAGGACACGAUUUCGGUUACUGGAAAGCGCAUAUCAGGAGCGGCGAUAGCCAGGCUCGGGUCCUUCUGAUUGUCUUUUAUGCAACUUUUAUGGUCUGCAGUCUAUAGCAGACUUUUUUUGUUAUUUAGGUCCCAACUAACUCAGCAUUAAUUUGGCAACCCGAAUCGGUGGGGCCACACCAUCAUGGGCAUUUUGUUUGUACAUAACAUACCUACUCAGGUAAUUAAAAAGGAGGAUGCAAUAAAUGGUAUGAGAAAAUCGGCUUCA